UUUCUCACAUUUAUUUGUAAAAUUGUAAACAAAACUUAUAGCGUCCGUAAAAAUAAAUUUAUUGUUACACAGAAGAAAUGGAGUUCGCACUACCAGAAUUAUUAAGCCGUGAUGAUAUAUUAAGAAUACUUAAUCAACGUCAUUUGCCAAUAGAAAAUAUGAAUGAAUUAACCCAUGAUGAACUUUUAAGGGUGUACAAAACGUUUGUAAUGCCUCUUUCCCGGCGACCAGAAAGAAGUAAAAAAUGUAAACAUAAUUCUAUUGUUGCAGAUACAAAUCACGAUUGUGUUGGCGAGAAGAUGCAACGUACUAUGCAGAUGGAAACUAUUGACAGCAUCUCCAACUCAAUGGAUAUAGAUUUUCCCAGUGUUACUUUAUGUCCUGUAGCCAGCACUAGAAUGACUAGCCCUUUGGGUGAAAAACGCCGUCAAGAAAGUAGUGAUGAAGAUUAUUUGGAUAUGUUCGAAAAUGACUAUCAAUUUCAAUUGAGUUCGGUUACAAAACGUAUUCGUAUAAAUACAUUAUCGUGAUUUUGACUUUUUAAUAAUUUAGUCUAAGCUUACAGGGUCGACGACGAGCACUAUAUAAUAGCAAGAUUUUCUUACGUACUCAUACAGCCGUCUCGGUAUCAGUCUCGUCUAUGCGUCCCAAACGCCAUGAAUUUGGAUCUCCUACUGUAAAAAGAGAAAUAUUUUGUUUUUGUUGUUUUUAAUUUAAUUAAAAUAAAGUGUUUUUUUAUAUAAAUCAAUAUUAAGGCAACUCAUCGAAAAAAUUGAUUAAUUGUUAAGCAAACGAAAGAAAACUUUAAGAAAAUUGUAAGGAAAACUUAAUCAUUUGCAAACUUUAAAAGUUUUUGGAUAACUACAACCAACAUAUCUUUUAAACGGGACAUUUGCUUCCAAGCUCAAAUGAACUGUUUAAAAACGUUGACAUUUUUAUUGUAAUAAUACCAGCAAGUGGGAAGGAAUCGUUACAUAACUUUUAAAUAUUUAAAAUGAGUCACCUUAAUAUUUGUCUUAAAUUUUAAUCAUUACUUGUUGUUUUUUAUCAUUUUUCUAAAUCCAAAAGAAAAAUAGAAACAAAAAUAUCUCAAUCAUGCAAUUUAUACAAUCAUAACAAAAAAUAUCUAAAACAUUUUAGUUUAAAAGAAAAACCAAACAAGGAUUAACCUAAUACUAAAACGAAUUGGACAUUUAAUUUAUAAAAAAAACAUUACAACACAAACACAUAUACAGUAGUAAACGAAAUUGUAAUUGUUUGUAUUUACA